UCGGGCCGACACAUAACGGAUCAUAUAGUAAAGGGGCCACAGGAGGAAAAGCCACUUCAUUGAAACUCACAUCAUGGGCUCCGGUAGCUCUAAGCCCGAGGCAUCGGCCGGGUCAAAACACAUUUUCUCCAGCAACUCCCCCAUCCAAUUCUCCUCGAACCUGGUCGACGGCCUCCAAUCCAAUGCCGAAACCGACUCCUCCCGUGCAAAGACCCUUGAACUCCAAAUCCAAGCCCGUGUAUCGGAGGAACUCGAGCGCCUACGCGCCCGCGAGCAGCAGACCCUAGCUGAGAUCGAAAAACGCCUUGCAGAAGUUAAAGACAGCGGGAACAACGCCGCCGCUACUACCUCCACACCAAGCCCCGCCAGCUACAGCUACAGCUACCCAGCUGGAUCAUUGGAUCUCGACGCGCCCCGGAUCCCCUUCGCCGGCCGCGAAUACACACCUGUCCCCCCUGCUGCCGUUGAAGCCGCACAGCCAAUCAACCGCGAGCUGAGCCGGGAGACGGUGAACACGGAGAUUGAGGAGCUGCGGACGAAGCUUGCAGGCCGCAAGAAGCUGGCUGAGCUGGAUGACGGCAUUGAGAAGGCCAAGGCGGAUGUGGUUAGCUGUUUGCGGUUGAAUGAUCGACGGCCGUUGGAUUGCUGGAAGGAGGUGGCAGAAUUUAAGAAGGAGGUUGCGAGACUGGAGUCGGCCUUUGUGGAUAAGAUUGUUGGUUAAGGAUGAGAGGGUGUAGGAUAAUUUCUCUGCCUGUCCCCUCCCUCCCUCCCUCCCUGUCUUCCUUCUUUCUCGAUCUCUUUCAUGCUGUGUGAGUGUGAGUGUGUUAUAAAAUAGACUCGUUGGAUUCUGUGUCGUGCUAUCAUGCUGUUGUGCUGUCGUGCAUGUGUAUACCUACUACUAUCUACUUACAUUGUGUCAGUUCAAUGCUCAUUUCCAUUUAGAAUAUGUAUACAUUGUCAAGUUCUCUCUUAGAAGGUAAGCCCCAAUA